AACAAUCACGUGGUCAAGCCUGUAGGAAGAACCUAGCGACCAAUCCGAAAAGAGUCGUGAGGCGAGCAACCAAUUACACGCAGUUACUAGGCGGGCUCGAGAUACGAUUGAGCCAAUCAGCGCGGGGCUAAGAUUUCAGUCGGCCAAUCAACGCUCUCCCAUCUGACGAGCGUCAAUCAGCUGGGCUGUUUUUCCCGGAGCUUCUCGCAUACACUCGGAACAAGUUCGGUGCUCGGCGGCGUUCCGGCUCCGAGAGGAAUGUUUGCAGCUCAAGUUUAGCGAGAAAUAAAAUAAUAAUUAAAUAUAUAUACAUAUAGAAAAAAAGGAAGUUCUGAAAAGCUUUUAUUUAACCGUAAGGAUGUAGCGACUAAACCGACAACCUCGGGCUGAUUAGUUUUACUUUUACACCGAGAUAACCAGCGGACUUUAAUUCAUCGCGCGCGCCGUCGGAAGUUUUAUAUCGCGAGUGAACCCGGUUUAAAGAAACAUGGUAUGGGACAAAGGGAGAUUUUAUCAUUGAAUGCGUCCAUGAAAGGUAAGGCAACUUCUCUGUGUCGACUGGACGUGGAUUCUGUGCUGAAGAAGGAAGUUGAACCCGGCCAAGGAGAUGCCCUUUCCUCAGCAAGGUACGGUCUGGGCCGUGGGGUGAAGCGUAAGCUGAGCGAGUGUGAGGAGCCUGCGCUGGAUCUCCCGUAUCCACAGCAGAGGCAGCUGGUGUUGGAUCUGUGCCUGGACAAACUGCAGAGCUGCCAGCAGCAUGCCGAGCCCAGCCUUCACCGCUCCGUGCUGCUGGCCAACACUCUGCGCCAGAUCCAGCAGGAGAUGAGGCUGGAGGGUGGAGACGCUCCGCCUCCCACUUCACCUUCUCCGUUUCCUCCACCCACCCCACGCCACGUCCCCGAACUCCCGGCUGUAUCUGUAGACGCCUCGCCUCUCCUUCUCUCUGGACCCAUGUCCGCGUCAUCGUCUUCAUCAUCUUCCCUGACGCUUGCUGAGGAUGUCCAGAGUAAAGCUCCUCCUCCGGUGCUCUCGGGCGAGGCGGACACCUCGAGGUCGCCCGAUUCUCUGUUCGGGACGUUCGAGAUCACGAAUUCCACCAGCUACCUGACGGACCUGCAGCUCGACGACAUCUUUGAGGACAUCGACACGUCCAUGUACGACCCGUCGGAAAUCUCGGUCCUGGCGUUUUCCGCGCCGAGGGAAGACGCACUGAAGAACCUGUCGAACCUGCAGCUCUGCCUGGCUGACCUCAGCGACCUCGACCACAUCAUGGACAUCCUGGUGCGCUCGUGAUCCGCCCGAGCCCCGCCCGAGCCCCGCCCGCUUCAAGCCAUCUUCGUAUUUACACUGAAUGAAACUUUAGAUUUUUUUAAAAGCUUUUUUUUUAUAUUAAUGUAGUUAAAUCUAUUUUUAUACAAAGAACUGAUAUUUAUAAUUGAAAAAAAAACUCAUCUCUCACACACACACACACACACACUGUAGGAUGCACAUAGCUAUUUUCCUAUUUAAGCAAAGAUUCGUAUAUGCAGGGAACGAACAUGACGAGUAUUACCACUGACGCUUAUUUAUAAUGAACUUUCUAUUUAAAAAAAAAAAGGAUCGCUGUUGAAGAGCUUUUAUUUAAUUUUUAUGAACUGAUCCUGUGAGUAUUUCUCAAUCAUUAUAAUAUAACGCGUGUAUUUUAUCAGUAAUUAUGACUGAUCAUGACUGAUCAUGACAUGCGCGCGCACACACACACACACACUCGCACUACCUCUCAAAAUCCAAGAGCAAUCUGCCUCUUUCUUUCGUUUCUACUUAUUCUUUAUCCAGAAACGUUCACAUGUCACUCCCAGUCUGCUCUGAAAGAUCCGGUUCUUCUUCUUAAGGGACAAAGAACUACAUUUUGUGUGUGUGUGUGUGUGUGUGUAUAACAUUUUUCCCCCCACCGUCAGACCCCAUUAUAAACUUUAGUGCCUACAAACGGAGGAUGAAGACUAGAGGACUAGCGAUGGUGGAUGUGCACACUGGACACACACGCUCGUUCUUUCUGUCUUUUCUAAUCUGAUUGGUUUAUUUUUUUUACUCCUCAGUAGAAAUCCCAGUCUUCUAAAUAAGCCAUGUUUGCAGAUGUUUGUACACGGUCUGCUCUGACACUACAGAAUCAUUCUGGAUGUGUGAACACGGUUCAGGCUGAAUCCGGUCCUCGGAUCUGCAGCCUCCAGCUCGGAGACUUUAUACCACGUACGAAGCAGUUCGUGCGACACGUUUUAUUAAGUUUGAUCUUUUCCACGGGACGGUGUGGUACGGUAGCUGGUCUCGUAUUUAAUCGUUUGCUGUUUGAGUCGUUCUGUAAAAGAACAACGACAGGAAAAAAAACAGUACGCAAACUGCAUUUGGUUCCUCUUCUUACACGGUGUGAACAGGGACGUGUGGGCGGAGCUAGAAAUAAUGCAGACCAUCGAUUGGUCAAGUGAACGUAUCCUCCAUUUUUCUGCACGAUGUAGAAGGAAGUGUUCUUUAUUUUUAAACGCAGUUGAGUGUUAAGGGUGUUGCUCAGCAGUGGUGGCGUGCCGGUGCUGGGAUUUGAACUCGCAACCUUCUGAUCAGAAAGCUAAUGUCUUAUCUACUGAGCUUUUAUUUUAUUUAUUUACCCUACACUAGUGUUUUCUUCUCACGGGUAUUUGAUGCUACUUAACAGUCCGUACAGGAUUCCAGAGCGUUUGUGUGAUCGUUGCAGCUGAAAAUGUUUGAGUUUACUGCGGCUUUAAAAAAAAGUUUACUUGAGUUGGCGAAAUCGCGAUCGCACGUAAUAGUUUGCUGGUAAUGACGUGGUGGUUUAUCACUACAAAUUAGAAGUACGACCACUGUUAUUAGUUACAGUAUUGAUUGAUAUAUAAGAGCAGCUUUAAGUUAUAAUAUUUAAUAGUCACACUGUUAAACUUCAACAUGGUGACUAAUUUCCUGUCUCACCGCUCUGACUCACUGCUGUCUCUUAUUCUAUCACCUCUGCUGGUAAACGAGACCUUUUAGCUGCGCUCAUGUUCGAAGCACGUGAAUGGAAGAGGGCUUCGGCUGAGCGCGCGGCGUGAUGUCACAUGACGCACCUUGGCCGAAGUGUGUGGUGAUUUUGACGGACUGUAGAUCUGUUUAAUCUUCAUUUCCAGUCAAAAUAUUCAGCCUUUUCUUCUCUUUCCGGCAAAAACCAGAAGUGAAAUUCUGGUGCGUCCUUAAAUUAACAUAUUGAAUUGAUGUUAGCUGUAUACAUGUCUAAUGUUGGCUAAAUCAAACGAAUCGAUGGGUUUUAUUUGAACUCGAAACCGGGAACGCAUCGACGCCGCGUCUUUCGAGCUGGAAAAUCACGACGUGAUUGCUAAUGCCAGACAACAGGGAGGGGCGGGGCUUCCAGAGGUCAUCAGUUCAUAUCGGUGAAUUCUAAACACGUACGCAUCUGUCGAUCGUUCCGGGUUCAUGGCAGUUAGCUAGCUUUUAAUGAAGAUCGCUCUUCUGGUGCACUUCCGAGCGAUCAUUCAUUACAGCGGACUGCGACGUUGAAAUGCGCAGCUCCUUCACAGAACACGUGACGGUUAGCAGGUCUGAUAUUGGCAGCUUUGGCUUUAAUACCACCGCGACAAACUCGCUGUAUCUCGAAAGAACCAAAAAAAAUUUGAGCUAGUCUCCGCCCCUAAACCCUGCUUAGAAGCUCCUCACACUUUUAUGGAUAGUCCCGGAUUCAGAGUAGCGACACGGUCCUGUGGAAAAGUGCUGUUUGAGAGGACGGGGGUGUGGAUGAUGUGGGUGCGGUGUUUAUCCUGAGAGAGGAGAUGGAGAUGGUCAGGGGGGAAGGGAGAGAGGAGGAGGAGGAGUUAAAGCCUGAACACUGUCGCAUGGAUGGAGGAAGUUGUGGAACAGGCUGCACUGAAGUGUGUGUGUGUGAGAGAGAGAUUGAGAGAGAGAAUGUUAAGCCCAACCCCCACGAAUGAGGCUUCAUGCCUUGUUUUCCCCUCUCAACCAAUCAGUCUGGUUUGGGGGUGGAGCUUCAUGUUAAAAAAAAAAAAAAAAACGCCCUUCAGCUCAGGACUUGCCUGCUGAACUACAGUAUCUUCAUGUGUAAUGCUGAGAAUCCUGCAGCUCUCUCUACGUCUAUCUGGUUGACGAUUCCGUUUGGAUUUAAAACAAUGCAGGAACAGAUUUUUUAUUUUUUAUUUUAUUAACACUCCUCUUUUAGUAAGGCCUUUCCCAUCUUCCUUCAGCUCAGGCUCACAAACAUCCUCCUCCUCCUCAUGGCUGUCAUGAGGCAGAAACCUGACCCCACUCGAGUUUACACUCCUGUCCUGAACUGAAGGUCCUGCGCAAAACCAGACAGCAGACGUGAGAUCACCUGCUUGCUCUGAGAACAAAUCAAACCCUACAGCUUUUAAACUUGUUGUUGUUGUUGUUGUUGUGAUCACACGAACAUUUUGUAUAUAUUUCUUUCUCAUUUUUUUUCUUGGUCUCUUAAAGACCAAACACCGAGUGAUAAUUUAUUGCUUUUUAUUUAAGAGUGAAUAUUUCAUUGUUUGUCAUUUUGUAGCGCAGAAUCUUUCACCUUAACUUCCUUCUGAGUAAUAAUUACAUCCUGUGUGUAAAUAGUUCAUGAAUGAAGAAGUAUAAAUUGUUUUAUUUAUAUAUAUAUAUAUAUAUAUAUAUAUAUAUAUAUAUAUAUAUAUAUAUAUAUAUAUAUAUAUAAGUAUUUGUAUGAAGUUUGAAAUUGUUUAAACGGCGUAUUUUAUUCGGAUCGUCGACCUCGGACCAGGCGGUUAAUCUGGCAGCUCCUUUACACUGUUUUCACACUGAAAUGAUCAUGAUUAUUAUAAUAUUAUAAUAAUAUACACAUGAGUCAUAGUUAUAAUAAUAUGUCAUGUCUGAAGCCUUACUGUUCUAAUGUCAGUAAUGUGUUGUGUUGGAAAUUUACAGUUCUGUUUAACAUGACAUUUUGUUUUAUUUAAGAUCCCAGGAAUUUCUAUUUAAUGUAAUUUUAUUUGAUAUUUUUUACCGUGACAUGAAUGAAGAGCAAGCUGCCUGUUUAUCUCCUGAACUCCUCGGCGUGUCCUGGCACAUGAAGCUGGACUGAUGUACAGAGCUCGGAUCUGAAAGCAGUGAAGCCGUGACUAGCUUUAAGCGUCGUAUUUACAGCCUGGACGUGUUUUUAAAUACGACUUUGAGUGAAUUAUCCUGAUACAAUUGUAAACUCCUGUCCCAAGUGCAAUAUAAACACACUCGGCGCUGUAUGAGACGAGUACACCGAGCUUUACACCAGUGUGGGGUUUUUACCUGAUGGACUGAUGACUGCAUUGUGUUUAAGUCGUAGCUCUCUGUCCUGUAAAUAACAACACCGUCAGUCGUGUUCUAUGCAAAACUGCUGUAGCAGAUCAGUGUGUAACAAAUAAAAAUACUUUUAACAAAA